UCAGAACUACACUUCCCAUACUGCAACGGGUGACAGGCGACUGCUGACCCGACUGUUCCGCAGAUACGUGGCCUUCCUGAGAGAGACUCGGAGACUGAAACAACAUGGAGCUGGAGGCAAUGACUCGAUACACCAGCCCGGUGAACCCGGCUGUCUUCCCUCACCUCACCGUGGUGCUGCUCGCCAUCGGCAUGUUCUUCACCGCCUGGUUCUUCGUCUACGAGGUGACCUCCACCAAGUACACGCGAGACAUCUACAAGGAGCUGCUCAUCUCGCUGGUCGCCUCGGUCUUCAUGGGCUUCGGGGUGCUCUUCCUGCUGCUGUGGGUCGGCAUCUAUGUCUGAGGCAUGCUGAGAGAAGGGGAGGGGCUACACACAACAGCAACAUUCCAGGGGCGUGGACUUCAAAAUUUCCACGGCAACGCAGGCAUUUCUUAUUGCAACUGUUUUUCACAGAUUCUGUACAAACUGUGCAUUGACCUGGGGAGGGGAGGGGAGCCAUCGACUGAAUAAACACGUGGGUUUCUUAAA